AUGCCUCAAAUAUCUUCAAUAACACAAGAGGAUAAAUCCACUAUCCGAAAAUAUAUCCCGAAAAGCACGAACAAGAUCCUUGCGGCUGGCAUUGCAAAGUUAUAUGUCGCAUAUCCCGACCCAAACCGAUGGUCGUAUACAGGACUUUGCGGAGCAGCUGUCUUAUGCUAUGAUACAACGCUGAAGUGUUGUUGGUUAAAGCUUGUUGACAUAGUGGGAAAUGGGGGUGUUCUGUGGGAUCAAGAAUUGUAUGAAAACUUUGAAUAUUUCCAAGAUCGCACAUUCUUCUAUUCUUUUGAAAUUGAUCAAUGUUUUGCAGCGCUCAGUUUCUCUGACGAAAGCGAAGGAUCCAAGUUUUAUCGCAAAGUGAUUGAAAAAGGUUGCCAUCCGGAAUCCAUAGAAAAUUCCGUUCUCUCGUUUCUCACGCGCAAGGGAUCCAAACGCUUCUCUGGAACUAGACAAACCUCAAAUUCUUACACCGCACCUUCGUACCCUACAAAAGAAACAGGUCCUGUAAAAGGCAAUUCGCCAAAUUUAGACCUUGACCCCAGCCUUAUUGAUUCUCUUGUACAGAUGGGCAUUUCGAAAGACCAAAUUAUGCAAAAUGCCGAUUUUGUCAAUUCUUAUCUGCAUAGUAAUGUUCCUGAACCUUCCCACUCGUCAGCUUCACCUUCUGCACCUGCCAUUCCUCCUUCUCUCCCCCCUUCUUUACCUAGUCAUAACGAAUCGCCUUUCUCAACUCCUUCUGUACCCAAUCACGUUCCUAAUGGGACAGAAUCUACUUCUUCUCAUUUACCUCCCCCUCCACCCCCGCCGCCAGCAUCGACAGCGAAGAAGUCAUCUAUUCCUCCACCACCUCCUCCUAAAUCCAAUUCAUCUGUACUCGCUGCAAACAAGAAGAGAGCACCUCCUCCACCUCCUUCCCGUAGAAACAGGGUCAAAUCACCAUUAUCAAGUGCCGGGUCCGCAGGUGGUACUUCAAUGCAUCUUCCUCCACCUCCACCACCUCCUCCAAGGACUUCUACAGCUCGGAUCACGCCUCCUUCUCCCUCCCAAGCUCCUCCGAUACCUGCCCGCUCUGUUCCAACUUUUGCUCCUCCUGAACACACUCCUACGACCAAAACGCAAUCUUCUCCAACAUUGCCUGUUACAUCGCCUCCUCCAUUACCGACUGGUGCUUCACCACCGCCACCACCUCCUCCGGCCCCGGCUCCCAUGCCAGCAGUAUCUUCUCCUGCUCCACCACCACCACCACCAGUACCUCCCGCACUAUCUAUGAGUGGUGAUUCAGUAGCUUCACCUCCAGUUGAAAGAGCUGACUUGAUGGCGAGUAUCCGUGCUAGCGGCGGUCUUGAUAUGUUGAAAAGUAAAAAAUCUACUGCCUCUCCUAGCGUUAGUUCUACACGCGGCUCCAAUCCUCCACCGGAAACUCCUUCUAGUAACAAUUUAAUGGAUGCACUUGCUAGUGCAUUGAAUCACCGUAAAACGAAGGUGUCCCAAAGUGAUGAAGAAGAUCAAGACGAUGAUGAAUGGGAUUAA